GACACCAUGAAACUGCUGCCAGUCUUGGAACCUGGAGACAAGCCCAGGAAAGCAACAUGGUCUUCUGUAAGGGCUCUGAAGGCAGGAUCUUUUCCUCUUAUUCACCAUAUAUCUGGGUGGCUGUGUGCUCUUGGGUACACCUUGACCCCCCCUGGAGACAGCCCCUGUGCUCGGGUUGGCCACAGCUGUUCAUAUUUACCCCCAGUUGGUGAUGCCAAGAGAGGGAAGGUCUUCAUUGUUGGGGGAGCAGAUCCGAACAGGAGCUUCUCAGAUGUGUACACCAUGGAUCUGGGAACACACCGGUGGAACUUAGCCACCUCGGAGGGCCUUUUGCCCCGGUACGAGCACGCCAGCUUCGUUCCCUCUUGCGCCCCUCAUACCAUCUGGGUGUUUGGAGGUGCUGACCAGUCAGGAAAUCGAAAUUGCCUACAAAUUCUGAAUCCUGGUGUGGAAGGUAACCCUGCCUACCCUCAGAGUCAAGAUCAGAGGUCCAUCAGCUUGGAUAUCUUAGGCUCCUGCCUUCUCUCUGGACCAGCAACCAGGACUUGGACCAUGCCAGAGGUGACCAGUUGUCCACCAUCCCCAAGAACAUUGCACACAUCAUCUGCAGCCAUUGGAAACCAGCUGUAUGUCUUCGGGGGUGGAGAGAGAGGUGCCCAGCCUGUGCAGGAUGUGAAGCUGCAUGUGUUUGACGCAAACAGUCUGACCUGGUCACAGCCAGAGACACUUGGAAAACCUCCAUCCCCACGGCAUGGUCAUGUGAUGGUGGCAGCAGGGACAAAGCUCUUCAUCCAUGGAGGCUUGGCAGGAGACAAAUUCUAUGAUGAUCUCCACUGCAUUGAUAUACGUGAUAUGAAGUGGCAGGAGCUAAGUCCCACGGGGGCACCUCCCACAGGCUGUGCUGCCCACUCAGCUGUGGCUGUAGGGAAACACCUGUACAUCUUUGGAGGGAUGACUCCCACAGGAGCACUGGAUACAAUGUACCAGUAUCACAUAGAAAAGCAGCAUUGGACCUUGCUUAAAUUUGAUAAUUUUCUACCCCCUGGACGAUUGGAUCAUUCCAUGUGUGUCAUUCCAUGGCCAGUGAGGUGUAUGUCUGAGAAAGAAGAUUCAAAUUCUGCCACUCUAAACUAUGAUACUGAGGAAGGGGAUUCCACCGACCAAGGAGUGACACAAGGUGGUGACUCACAUGAGGAAAGCCAGACUGACACACUGCUCUGUUUUGUGUUUGGCGGGAUGAAUACAGAAGGGGAAGUCUAUAGUGACUGUAUUGUGACUGUAGUUGACUAAUAAAUCCCACAUUUUUAUUAAAUGACAAUCUUUCAGCAAAGUCAAA